CUCUCACCGCCUUCGAUGCGCUAUUCCCAAUGUGGGUUUCAAUGCAACGCCGCCUCUUGUUCCUUCCAAUAAGACGGCGAAUCCAGAAUCUUGAUCGGAAGCGCAGCUUUACUUAGGGUCCCCGAUGUUGAUGUCCUCGAGGCCAUCGGUUUGUUCGUAUUCUGUCUGCUGAGGUUUCUGUCGCUCUCUGUGCGAAUCGACGUCCAUUCGUUUCCCAUGUCUUAUUCCGCAGUCGGCCUCGCAGUCUCUGUCCUUUUAUGCGGCGUUAUAACAUACUCAUUAGCCGGGAUGUUCGGGCUCGGUGCGAAGAAUGAAUUCGUCGUUGAUGGCAGGACUGCUGUCGUUACUGGAGGUUCCGAUGGGAUGGGAAGAGCGGUCGCUAUUCAGCUUGCGCAGAAAGGAGCGAAUGUCGUUAUCGUGUCCCGGACCGUGAAGAAGCUCGAAAAUGCCCUCGAUAGUAUAAAGGCCGCAGCGUUGAAUUCCGAGAAACAAAGAUUCCACUUUAUCAGCGCUGAUCUCACAGACCCUGCGGAGGCUGAACGUAUCAUUAGCGAAGUGACAGAAUGGAACGGUGGAGAGGCUCCAGAUAUCGUUUGGUGCUGUGCAGGUUACUGCCAUCCAGGGUUCUUCAUCGAGACUCCAAUUCAGACCCUAAAGGACCAGAUGGAUACUAUCUAUUGGACCGCCGCGUAUACUGCACAUGCGACGUUGAGGAAAUGGCUCGCUCCAAUUGCUCCGGAUGACAAGGGAAAUGCUUCUGAUUCGUCAUCUCGGCGGAGACAUCUCAUUUUCACCUCAUCCGUUCUUGCGUUCGUUCCCGUCACCGGUUACGCUCCGUACUCGCCCGCGAAAGCGGCAAUGCGCUCCUUAUCGGAUACUCUCUGUCAGGAAGUCGAGAUGUACAAUGGAGCACGUCGGAACUCGAACAACGCAGCUCCCGCUAUGGAUGUGAAGAUUCACACUGUCUUCCCUAUGGGAAUAUCGAGUCCCGGAUUCGAAAACGAGGAGAAGCUCAAACCGGAGCUCACCAAGAAACUGGAAGAAGCAGACAAGCCACAGACUCCGGAGGAGGUCGCCCGAAUCUCGAUCAAAGCCCUGGAACGAGGCGAUUACUUGAUCACAACUAUGCUUGUUGGUCAUCUGUUGAAGGGGACUAGUCUUGGACCCAGUCCGAGAAAUAACAUUCUGCUCGACACGAUUACCAGCUGGGCUAGUAAUCUUAUUUUCCUCGGGGUUGUCCCAGACCUCAGCAGGAAGACAUGGAACUGGGGCAAGAAAUAUGGAUUGCCGUCCUCCAGCUCGUGAGAGGUCUAUGAUGGUAUCUCCGUGGUUCACCGGGAUUUGUAUAUAAAGAUACCCUAUUCAGCUCUUCAGGAACUAUCCUGGCAGCUACUGGAGCUUAUGUCAGGAUUCGAGGCCCAUGAGCAAUGGUAAUGGCUUGUACAAUGCUUAUUCUUAGCCACCAGUCUAGCUUGAAGAGCAAGUUAUUUCCUAAGCAAAUCAGUACCGUAUAUUUCGCGAUAACACGAAGGUGAAUCUUUGAUGACCUAUGAACGUCCUGAAUUCCCGGAAGUGUUCAAAGGGCACAAGAUCAAUGUAGCGACUUCCUCUGAGAGCAACUUCCCGAUUGAGACACUAAGUUGGUAUGCUCUUGGUGAAGAGU